AUGGGCCCCUGUACCGCCUCCUCAUGCUGCUGCCAGGCCCCUAAUCUGCCAUGGGCCCCUGUACCGCCUCCUCAUGCUGCUGCCAGGCCCCUAAUCUGCCAUGGGCCCCUAUAUACCGCCUCCUCAUGCUGCUGCCAGGUCCAGAGUCUCUCAUGGGUCCCUGUACGGCCUCCCAUUGCUGCUGUCUCCAUCGCCACACUCUGCCAUGUGCCACUUUCAGGUCUCCUCACACUGCUGGUGUGUUCCAUUUUUUGUCAUAGGGUGCUGGCAGAUUACGGGCCUCCCAUAGCUGCUGCCAGGCCCCUAAUCUGCCAUGGGCCCCUGUACCGCCUCCUCAUGCUGCUGCCAGGUCCAGGUCCUCAUGGGUCCAGCUGCUGUCUCCAUCGCCACACUCUGCCAUGUGCCACU